AUGGCUUUCCCUCCACAACCUGGUGUACGUUGUACUCCUCCAAAAAGUUCUAAGCCCAAGAAUAUGGAAAAAGAGAUUCAGGAAUUUCCCAGAACCUACAGAGUUCAUGACUCCCAACAGAUGGUGUGGUUCCUGACUGGAAAUUCUUUAACGGCGGUUCCUGCUAGCAACAAUGUCAAGCCUGUCAUUCUUACCUUGAUAGCAUGUAGAGAUACGGAAUUCCAAGACGAAGAGAAAGGUAAUCUAGUUUUCCUGGGAAUCAAGAGCAGAAGUCUCUGCCUCUUCUGUUCUGAGAUUGAGGGCAAGCCAACUUUGCAGCUUAAGGAUGCAGACAUCAUGAAUUUGUACAAUGACAAAAAAGCCCAGAAAGCCUUUUUCUUCUACCAUGGCACAGAGGGCUCCACUUCUGUCUUUCAGUCAGUCUUCUAUCCUGGCUGGUUUAUAGCCACCUCUUCCACAGCAAGACAGACAAUCAUCCUCACACAGCAGAGGGGUGAAGCUAACACUAACUUCUACUUGGAAUCUGAGACUUAG